UCUCCCUGCGCCCGCAGGGUGCCCCUGCCCCAGGUGGGGGCUGUCUCCGCUUUCCCUCUCCCGAACCUGCCCCCCUCCCGCCUGGUGCGGUCUAGGGGCCCGGGAGCCAGCGGCACCGCGUUCCCGAGCGCCGGAGCGGGACCCCGGCCAUGGCGGCGGCCCCCAGCGGCCCCAAGGAGCUCCCCCGGCGCCGCAGCGCCAGCCAGAUCUGCCCCCCGCCGCGGCGGCCCAGGACCCUGGCCGAAGUGCAGCCGGGCAGCGAGAACGAGCGGCUGGGGGUGGCCCGAGACAGCAUGGUGCAGAACCCGCUCAUAGCCAAGGCAGAACUAGGAAAACCUCGGAGAAGCUGCUACACUCUUCCAGGCUAUGACUUUGCAUAUGGGUUAUACCUUCAUGGGGCUGACGGAGGAGUACCUGAAGCGAUAGGUCACUGGCAUUCGAUGAAACCCAGGCCCCCUUCCCCAAGGGAGAUGCCACGGAAUGACAUUGCCAUGAACCGUGGGGCUCUUAAGGCUGGUUACGUCACAGCACGUGAAUACAACCUGUACCGCCAGCUCAAAGACAUCCGCUGCAAUGAAGAUAACGAGAGUCGUUUUAAAAGAGCCCCCCCAAAAGUACCUCCAGAUAUGACCUAUGGAAUUCUAGCACGGCCUUCCACUCCCUUCUUCGACCUUCUCCAGCACAGGUACAAGGAGGUGUGGAUGGAACAACAGAGGGCAGUAGCCAUGGCCCAGCAAGUGGGGAAAAAAAAGUUGCAGAAAAGGAAAGUCUAUGAAACUCGGACCACGCUUCUCAGAAAACAACAACCGCCUGUGAAAUUGGAUUCCCUUUGGCACAUGCCCCACUUCCAGAAGGUUGGUCCUCAUCUCAGUACCUUUCCAGACCGUGACGCUCAUAAAAAGGCGUUCAGUGUCUACCACUCAGAAAUACCUGUGAGAUGUGGUCCCCUUGCCCAGGGCAUAUAUACAGCCGCCUGAAAGCUCCACAGAAGUCAAUUAUUGAACAAUGUAACAUGUUAGAAUACUAUGUUAGCAAUAUAAGAUAGAUUUUUAUUCUAGUGUACAAUUAUUUUUUCAAGUUUAGAAAGGCUACAUUCAUGUUGAUGUAACUGAAUAAAUCAGAACAUUUACCA